CGCGGCAGGGCCCGGGCCCUCCCCGGCGGGGGCGGCGGCCGGGCCCAUGGAGGGCUGCCCGUGGAGGUGCAGGGCUCCAACGGGGCCUUCUACAAGGGUUUUGUGAAAGAUGUGCACGAAGACUCGGUCACGAUCUCCUUCGAGAACAACUGGCAGCCGGAGCGGCAGAUCCCCUUCGGCGACGUACGGCUCCCCCCGCCCGCCGACUACGAUAAAGAGAUUACCGAAGGGGAUGAAGUGGAGGUUUAUUCCCGAGCCAAUGAGCACGAGCCGUGCGGCUGGUGGCUGGCGAGGGUCCGGAUGAUGAAAGGAGACUUUUACGUCAUCGAAUACGCAGCUUGCGACGCCACCUACAACGAAAUCGUCACGCUGGAGCGGCUCCGGCCCGUCAACCCCAACAAAGUGGCCACCAAAUCUAGCUUCUUCAAAUACACCAUCGCGGUGCCGGAGGACCUCAAGGAAGCGUGCUCCAACGAAAACGUGCAUAAAGAAUUCAAGAAGGCGGUGGGGGCGAACUGCAUCUUCCUGAGCGGCGCCAGCAGCGAGCUCUUCAUUCUGUCGACGAACGAAUCCACGGUAAAGCGGGCGUCGCUCCUGGGCGACAUGCACCUCCGCAGCAUCCGCACCAAGCUCAUGCUGAUGUCGCGGAACGAGGAGGCCAACAAACACUUGGAGACGAGCAAGCAGCUGGCCUCGGCGUUCCAGGAGGAGUUCACCGUCCGCGAAGACCUCAUGGGGCUGGCCAUCGGCACCCACGGCGCCAACAUCCAGCAGGCCCGGAAGGUGCCGGGCGUCACCGCCAUCGAGCUGGACGAGGAGACCUGCACCUUCCGCAUCUACGGGGAGACUCCCGAGGCGUGCAAGCAGGCCCGGAGCUACCUGGAGUUCUCCGAAGACUCGGUUCAAGUCCCGAGAAACCUGGUCGGCAAAGUGAUCGGGAAGAACGGCAAAGUGAUCCAGGAGAUCGUGGACAAGUCGGGAGUGGUGCGGGUGCGGGUGGAAGGGGACAACGACAAGAAAAACCCCCGAGAGGAGGGAAUGGUCCCGUUCAUCUUCGUCGGCACGCGGGAGAACAUCAGCAACGCGCAGGCGCUCCUGGAGUAUCACCUCGCCUACCUCCAGGAGGUGGAGCAGCUGCGCCUGGAGCGGCUGCAGAUCGACGAGCAGCUGCGGCAGAUCGGCCUGGGCUUCCGCCCCCUCUCCAGCCGGGCCGACAAGGAGCGGGGCGGCUACGCCACGGACGACAGCACCUCCUCCUCCCUGCACGGCACGCGGACGUACGGGGGCAGCUACGGCGGGCGAGGCCGCGGGCGCCGGGGCCCCAACUCGGGCUACGGUACCAACUCAGACCUGUCCAACGCCUCGGAGACCGAGUCGGAGAAGAGGGACGACGGCGAGCGAGACCCGCGCCCCGAGGACAGCCGGAGGCGCCCGGGGGUGGGGCGAGGGCGGGGGCCCGCCCCGGCACCCCGAGGGGGCGGGAGCAGCAAGUACAACAGCUCCUCCAUCAGUUCAGUGCUCAAGGACCCGGACAGCAACCCCUACAGCCUGCUGGACAACACGGAGACGGACCAGACGGCCGACACCGACGGCAGCGAGUCGCAGCCCGUCAGCAACCGCCGCCGCCGCUCCCGCCGCCGCCGCACCGACGACGACGCCACCAUGAUGGACGGCGCUGCCGAGUCCGACAACAUGUCCGUCAACGAGAACGGCGUGGAGGACGAAUCGAAGCCUCAGAGACGCAACCGGAGCCGUCGCCGCCGUAACCGUGGCAACCGCAUGGACGGCUCCAUCAGCCGGGACCGGCAGCCAGUGACCGUGGCCGAUUACAUCUCCCGGGCCGAGUCCCAGAGCCGCCAGCGGGCCCCGCAGAAGGAGCCCCGGGAAAAAUCCACCGAAGAUGACACACCGCGACAAAAGGCGGAGCCGUCCGGCAAGCUGGCCGCCCGCCCGUCGGAGAACGGCGAGGAGCCGGCCGCCAUGGUGAACGGGCUGGCGUAGGCCCCGCCCCUGCCGCUUCCCGCGCCCGCCCUGCCUGCGCCCUCGUUCACCGCGCGCCCGCCGGCCUCUCGUUAACCAACCGGUCCCUCAACGAGCUUGCCGGAGCCAGCAGCCGAGCUCUCGCGGCUCGCUAGGCGCCGACCAAUCAAGAGACAGGCAACCGGAUUCGUGCCGGGGCAGGGGGGGGGGCGCGCCUCCCCCCUCCCCGGCAGUAAAAAAAAAAAAUAAUUAAUUCUCUCUAA